UCUAAACCCUAAAUUCUUCAUCUGCAAAACCCCAAUUUCCCCCAAAUUCCUUGCCGCCAUAUCCCAAACUCCGCGACCUCCACCGUCACCGGUUCAACGCUCUCCGUCGCGUGUUGCACUCCUCCGGCCGCCGUGUUCCUUCUCUACGACGUCACCAGCAUCAGCCACCGCACUCCUCCUGAGACGAUUUGACCACCUCACUUCAUUCAGGUUUUGAGGUUGUUGAGAACUCUCAAAUUAUGGCGGAGACCGUGAACCAUUUAAAUAACCAUGAUAGCAAGGAAAAAGAAGCAUCUCCGCUUGCGGCAUUGUUGAAAGAAAUGAAGGAAGGACUUGAUGUCGUAAGACAUAAAAUUCAAUCUUUAACUGCCAAGGUGAAAGAAGGUCAAUAUCCUACAGCAGAUGGAUUUAGCUAUCUUGAAGCUAAAAAUUUGCUGCUUUUGAACUAUUGUCAAUCCCUUGUUUAUUAUUUGUUGAGGAAGGCUAAAGGGUUUUCGAUAGAAGAACAUCCUGUUGUUCGAAGUAUUGUAGAGAUAAGAUUAUAUUUAGAGAAGAUUCGGCCAAUUGACAAAAAGCAACAAUACCAAAUCCAGAAAUUGAUGAAAGUUGGUGAAAAUGCAGCCACAAGUGAUCUUCCAAGCAAAAAGGAGCCAGUUGCAUCUGAUAAGAGUGAGGAUGUGUCAAAGUAUCGCCCGAAUCCUGACAUGCUUGUUAGCCGAGAAGAUUUAGCCCCUCAGGACGGUCAUGAUGCGUAUCGUCCAGUAAAAUUUGCUCCUACUUCUAUGGAUCAAGAUAAAACCUCAAAGCAAGAAAGAAACGCCUUGCGAAGGGAAAAGGAAAUUCUGAAAGAAUCUAAGCAUAGUAGUUUUAUCAGGACAUUGAUGAAUGAUAUAGAGGAAAAACCUGAAGAGAUAAGAGAUUAUGAGGGAUCUAGCAAAGAAGUUGAGAGACAUAUUGCCAAAAUGGAGGAGCGUGCCCGGCAAGAGGAGGAGCUAUUCAACCGUGUCCCUCUUACGAAACAUGAGAGGAAGAGAGAGAAAUACUUGAAGAAAUCAAGAAAUGGGUUGGAUGGUCUAACAGAAAGUUUCUUUGAUGAAAUCAAAACAUUACCCUUCGAAGAUGAAACUGGAGAGCAAGUCAUGGGCUCCAGUAAAGGCAGCAACCGUAAUGGGAGGCUGAAGAAGCGAAAGAGGAAACAUUGAAGGACUGAACUGCUAUCUUAUAAACAGACCACUGCAUGCUGUGGUGGGAAGUAAUGCUAGAUUCAGUGCACGGGAACGCAAAAACUACUGGGUUUGUUUCGGUGUAUUACUCCCUUUCUUGGUUGGUUCCCUAUAUCCUAGAUGCUAGGUGUGUCUAAAGAAAUUGGUUCUGAAGAUUUUAAUGUCUUUUUAUUAUUACCAUGUUUUUUAUUACCAUUGUUUACUGUGAAUCUGGAGUGGAGACUUCAGCAAUGAAAAAUGUUUUUUUUUGGCUAUGAUCAGUGUGCACCCAAUUUUGUGAGACAUGUGGUAUGUGGAUACUUUUCAUCCAGUUUUAUUUAUUGCGACGGAAUGUAGCACAUAUAUUACCAAGUGAAGUUUAUAUCUUGCUUUUUCAA